AUGAAAAGUAUGGGGGUUUUCUGUUCUAACAUUAAAAACCACGGUCUCCAGUUCCACGCCCUGGUGGUCCUGGGCUGGCCCCACGUGAAGGAGCUGCUGCCUCAGAGGAAUCCUUCCCUCCACGUCGCGUCCCUGACCAGGCAGCUGCAGCACUGUAUGGCGGGCCACCAGCUGCUGCAGUUCAAGGGCUCCACACUGGCCUUGGUCAUCAUCACCUUAGAGUUGGAGAGGCUCAUGCCCGACUGCUGUACUCCUAUAUCUGAUCUGCUAAAGAAAGCACAGGUCGGUAUUAGGCAGUGGAACCACUGCAAAGAACUUGUGAAGCAGCAGCUGACAAGUUUUUAGUCAUCCUCCCACACAGACAACUUUCUGGCUCACCUGCCAGCCUCUGUGCCCCUACCCCGCUGCCCUUUAGAGCAUAAUGGCAAUCCCUCCUUGCUUGGACUCCUCUAUAUUGUAGGCUUUAUGGAUCCUCUAACAAGAAAGGAAGAAGGCCCUGAAAGAGCAACUGAGAAAACAUUCCUGUCUUCAGAAAAACAUAAGAGGGCAAAAAAGACAGGUCAGGGUCCCUAAAGGGAAGGGUAAUCUGACAAAUUGAACCCUUGCCUCCCUCUGAACCCUGGGCCCGAGACCAGGGAGAAGGAGUAAAUGCUCAUACUGCAGCUUGCUUUUUCCAGCAAGGGCUGUAUCAGCCCCUAAGACAGCUGGACUAUGAGGCCACAGGUAGGCCUUGCUCAGGGCCGAAGGGCUGGGCUGGUGCUGACAGACAAGUUCUUGCUGCUCCACCUGCCAGAGCUGGCCAGGUCCUUCCAGCUUCCCAGGCUUGUACCAAGAACAUGUGCAGGUUUCAAGUCCCAAGUACUCUGCCCACCCCUGCAGAAAUGGGAUAGUCUCUCCAGAUAGAUUUACCUUGACUUGGCCAGGAUUUAAGUCUUUUCUUCAUAAGGACUCGAUUUAUAAAGUAUGCUUUAGUUAAUGUACAGCAACUUGAUCAAGCUUUAGGCAAAUUUCUCCUUUGUUACUCUUAAGCAAAGUAGUUUAUUAGCUUAACUAGAGGGAUUCUUGUGUUAAAGCAGAACACUUCAAGGCAACCCUUGUGAUGAGGAGAGACAGCUCCCAGAGCUUUUGGUUGAGGUGAGCAGGUGCUGAGGCUGAGGCUGCCUCCACCACUGCCAGGAGGAGGGAGAGAUCACUAGCGUGGCUGAGGGAGGUGACCCUAUAGAGCCAUUCUCUAGGCAGUGGAG